AGAGCAGUAUUAUGACUACGGCUUUUUUGAGAAAUACUUCAACCUGGAAUAUCAUGCCUAGCUUUUAAAGUUCUGAAGAACUUUGACGGAAUUAGAGAGCGCAAUGGGAAAUACUGUGAAAACGCCGAGAGCCUCCGAAGAAACACAUGUGUCGAGCCAAAUGGGUCAGGAGAGUGAUUUCCUUGCUGUCCUCUAUGACUAUCCUUCAGCAGACAUAAGCCAACCUAUAUUUCAUGUAGGGGAAAAACUACGUGUGCUAUCAGAUGAAGGAGGCUGGUGGAGAGUCCAUUCCCUUACAACAGGUCGAGAAAACUAUAUUCCAGGAAAAUAUGUAGCAAAGGUUUACCACGGCUGGUUAUUUGAAGGGCUGGGAAGAGAAAAAGCAGAGGAACUUCUACAGCUACCCAACACCAAGGUUGGCUCCUUCAUGAUCAGAGAGAGUGAAACUAGGAAAGGGUUAUAUUCCUUGUCGGUGCGGCACAGGCAAGUGAAACAUUACAGGAUCUUCCGCCUUCCAAAUAACUGGUAUUACAUCUCUCCACGGCAAACAUUUCAGUGCCUUGAAGACCUUGUGAAUCACUACUCAGAAGUUGCUGAUGGUCUCUGCUGUGUCCUUACAACACCUUGUCUUACCCAGUGCACUAACAACAACAGCGCAACGAAUCAAGUUCCUCCUGUGGUGAUGCGGAAUAAAAACUUCAACUGGAGAAAUAUUCACAGGCUGGAGGUGACUGAAGAUACUGAAAGCACCCUGGCAGCAAUGGAUGAUUCUUGUCUCAGCUAUGGCCUGAGGGAAAGUAUCGCUUCCUACCUCUCCUUAACAGGGGAUGACAAUGCUUCUUUUGCAAGUGCCAGAAAGAAGAAAGCCCAAUCUCUUAUAUACACGGGAAGCAAACGUAAGAGUACCCUUCACUUGCCACCUACAUACUAUGAAGACUAAAUGUAAGACAACCAGGGGAAAAAAAAACAACUGACGGACAAAAAAAAUCAACUUCUAACAACUGUUAGAAGAGACACCCAGAUCAUUCUGUGGUCCUGCAGUCCUUCGACAGCUGAGAGAUAUGAUGAUUAAAUGCUGGCAAUGCUUCUGCAUUUCCUCUUCUGAAUGUUAACCAGAGACCUUCUUAAAGGUGCUAUCUCAGCCACGGCAUAUGCUGGGAACGUCCCCAGUGCACCUGAAAUUAGAACCUGUUCACAAGCAGGAUAAACUGAGAUAGACUCUAAGUCAAGAGCCAAGUGAGGCAGAUGACUCUUCAGCAAGGGUGAUGCCCACCAUUGUACAAAGGUGGGGGGAAGGACUAACUACAGCUCAAGAACUUAAAUUAAGUCUUACUCUGGUAUUCUCCACAAGGCCGAAAACCAUCUUUACAGAACCUACCUACAUUGAGAAAAGGAGUCUUUUUCUUCUCCAUAUAGUAUCAUUCAUUGUCAUUGACAGUGGGUCAGAAAGUCAUCAAUAACCCCAAGAAAGUAUCUGACAUCUGGCAUCCAAGAAACACCUGAUUAUAUUGACUCCAUACUUCCAUCAUUUUUACCUUUCAGGAGAAAAAAUGAAAGUAAUUGACUUUCCAAGUGACACAUAAUUCAACUGCUGGUAAUGGCCUGCAGUGUCACAAAGUGGUCACAAAAUUAAGAACAGGCUUAACUCACUGAGAAAAGCAGUUCCUGCUUAGCCCUGAGCUGGGA